AAGUAGGUCGCAAUUGGGGGGAUCACAUUAUUUCCAAUCGCUGACAUUCGACAGCUUCAGCCAGGCGGGGGGAAGGGGGAAGUAGUUAGUAAACCAAGCAACUUUACUUCUUCCACGACCUUGGCUAAUAAACAAACAGUUUGGCGGUGGCAGCUGCAGUUAGUUGAUAAGAAGAACGGGCGUGGACCGGUGAGUUUUGUUUUCCCUUACUUAAUCCCCCCUUCUUUUUGUUCUACUUAGUACUUACCACUAAUGAUGACAGACAACCUUUAGGGACCGAGACGUUGUCAAGCUUUUAUCAAUCAUUUGAUCUUGGUUUUUGGCUCUCGACGUUUUUCUUCUCUGGAUUUCUAGGAGUGUCUGGUGUGCGCUGGUUGGAACACACACAGACACACACAUAUAUACACAUACAAAGUGAGAGACAUACGCACACAGAGCAAGAGAAACCUGGUCUAUAUAUUGCCGUCGAUCCUCCCUGGGCCCCCCUGAUGAGGAACUUCCUGGGCAUCACACUUGCAAUCUUCGUUGGCAUCGCUUCGACCCUCGUCGCCUUUGUCGUGAUCAACAACGCCUGCAGCUACAGCUACAACUACAACAACUACCACCUCUACAGCGUCGGUGACGUCUCUGGGCGGAUAGCAUCUCUCUUCAGAUCGCUUCUGUAUACCGACACUCGCGCAGCGACCUCGUCUACGUUGGCGCCGUCUGAGAAGAAGAUUCAGCAACAGCAGCAGCAGCAGAGGCACCUCUCCUCCACAGCAGCAGCAGUAGCAGAAAUGUCAUCGUCUGCCACCGCCACCACCACCACCACCACCACCACCAAGAUGGCCCAGCGCGCCAUCCGCAAAGUCUUGCUCGCCGCCGAGCAGUCCGAGGGCGCGGGCGCGCGCGUCCGGCGCUCCAUCGGCACGCCCUCGCUGCGCAACCUCUCGCCCUUCCUCAUGCUGGACCACUUCUCCGUCCGGCCCGGCGCGGGCUUCCCCGACCACCCGCACCGCGGGCAGGAGACCAUCACGUACCUGCUCGAGGGCGCCGUCGACCACGAGGACUUUGCCGGCAACCGCGGCACCAUCCGCGCCGGCGACCUGCAGUUCAUGACCGCCGGGCGCGGCAUCGUGCACGCCGAGAUGCCCGCGCAGAACCCCGACGGCGGCGCCAACGUCGGGCUUCAGCUCUGGGUCGACCUCCCGCGCGAGCUCAAGGCCUGCGAGCCGCGGUACCGCGACCUCCGCGCCGCGGAGAUCCCCCGCGUAGACGUCGACGAUGGAAGGGCCACCGUCAGGGUCAUCUCGGGCCAGAGCCACGGCGUCGACUCGGUCAAGGACCUCGCCUACACGCCCGUCUGGAUCCUCGACGUCGAGCUGCGCCCCGGCGCGCGCGUCACCCAGCCCCUGCCGAGCGGCUGGAACGCCUUCGCCUACGUCCUCGAGGGCGACGCCUACUUUGGCGGCGGCGAGGGCGACGCCCGCACAAAGGUCGCGCAGUACCACAACGUCGUCUUCCAGCAGGAGGGCGACGCCGUCCACGUCGAGGCCGCCGAUGAUGCCGCCGCGGGCAACACGAGGCUCGUCAUCGUCGCCGGCACCCCGCUGGACCAGGAGGUCGUCCAGUACGGGCCCUUUGUCCUCAACUCCAAGGAGGGCGUGUACCAGGCCCUCAUGGACUACCAGAGCUACUCCAACGGCUUCGAGCGCGCCAAGGACUGGCAGAGCGAGAUUGGCAAGAGCAUGAAGCAUUGACGUGUGGUGGCAAAUUGAGAUAUGGUAGAAGAAAAC